GCCGAGCUGAGUCGGAAGUGAGCGGGAGGAACUGACCGGGGACGGGGCGCCGCUCCGGCUGCAGCUCCGCGCUCCGGCUGGCUGAUCGGGGGUAUUUUUAGGGGGGUGUGUAUCCUCUGACCGCCGCCAGCGAUCUCAGCAGAUUCCCGGGGGGAUCUCCCAGCGCCUCUCUGGAUCCGAGCGGAGGGGGAAAAUGUGAGUGUGCUGCCCGGAGCCGCUGGCUUGCAUGAGCGCCUGCUUCGCGACGUUGUCCCGGGGAAAGCGGACGAUGGACCGGAGCUACCCGAGCCCGGGCUUCGGGGAGCCGCUGGCUGCGGCAGGCCAGAGCCCGGGCUGGGCCUACGAGCGCCCUGCCGCCGGACUAACAACCAGCUCCAGUUAUGGUGCUACACACUUGGAGGCGGAGCUUCUCCAUCGACAGACCUAUGCCUCCACCCAUUCGCUCCCAACCUACACCACCUCCCACCAUCCUACAGGUUUAUCUGGUGUCUUCGAUACGAGCAGCACCUCUGAAUCAUCCAUCAUGAAUUUCCUCUCUUCCAUUGAAUCCCGAGGCCUUCAGGCUGGACCUGCAGCCACCUCUCUCCUCCCCCAGUUCAGGACGCCCCCGUGGCAAACUGGUACAAAUUCCUCAACCGAACUCUUUCUCACCGGAGCCCUUCCUUCUUCUGGGACCUUCCCCACGCCUUCAGCUCUUUCAUCCUUCCAGCACCCCAGCGUCUUCACCACCAGGAACUUUACCACAACCUCGGCGCUAACUGUUCAGGACGGCACGUUUAGCCCUUCCAAUGGCUUGCUGUCACCUACUGACCCUUUACUUCAGAUCAAAUCCCCUCAGAGUACUGUUCCAACAGCUCUUGCCUUUGACCGCUUGGGCGGUGCUUCGUUGGCCGCUGGCCUUCCGCCCCAGUCGUCCACAUAUCGUUCAGCCCAGGAGUCUGCACCCCACCUUCUGCAACCUCAAUUUAGCCUGCUGCCCUCUGCCUUGGGCAACUCUCAGCAGGCUUCUUCACAGCCUUACGGAGCCCCGGUUUUCUCUGGCUCCAUCGAACGAGCACUUCAGCGUGAAUGUAGUGUCAUCAAGCACCACCAGAGGCCUUCCAGCACCCAGCCUGCCCAGGAUCCUUUGCCUGGCAGCGUGCAGCACUCUUUGCAGGGCUACCUGCCUGAGGACGACGACGUCUCCUACCAGCAGGAACCCUCGAGACACACACCUGUGCCCAGCAGUCCCGCUGGAGAUCCAAACCAGGUUGUUAAUGGAAAUGCUCAGCAAGAGCCAGCCUCCUCCACUGUCCCCUCUCCAGGGUUUUCCUCCACGUCUGGAGCGAAAGCCAAAGACGGUUCUUCCAAAAUAACAGAGCAUCCCGAUGAGGGCACAGCGCCGCACGCUCAGGAAGCUUCCUCUGCCCAGAAACAAGGCUCGGUUAUCGCAAGCCAGUCGCAGUCUUACACAUCUGCACAGCUUCCUAGCCUGAUGUCCAUCAGCCCUUCACAAACCUACAUCACGUCUCAGAGUCUGUUGAGCAAUCUCAGCCAAACACAAGUCUUUUCUCCUAGUCAGCCCGAGAAACUGCCUUCUAUAUACAAGCCUUUGCCAUCGUUUGUCAGUCAGCCAGAAAACGAGACGCCCAUCAGCCAGUCUCUUAUUUAUUCUUCCAGUCAACAGCAAGUCUUAUCUUCUGCAGCGAGCAGGGAAGAGUACGAGGCACAGGUCCAAGGACUUUGCAUGAGCAACCCCUCUCAGAGUUAUUCUUCCAGUCAUUCUCAGGAUCUGCCAACUGCCAGUUACUAUGCCCAGGGGCCAGCGACUGCUAGUGCCUCCCAGAGUUACACAUCAGGUCAGUCUCUAAACUCUAGUCCUCACUUUUCUUCUUCCCGGGUUCUUAGUUUACCGACGACCAACUCAACCCAGGACUACAUUCAGAUGCAUUCAUCGGCAGGUGGCGGCAAAACUGAUGGACUACUAUUGCAGCAGUCCCCGAAAUAUAUUCUGUCUGUGCAUUCGCCAAGUUCCUCCAAUGCCACUUAUACGCAAACUUUACCGAAUAGCCAAUCUUCGUUGGAACCCAAACAAGCCUACGGCAAAAGAAAACAAGACGAGGUUAGCUGUGGGGAGCUUCCAAUUGAAGAUGUUCAUGCGUUACAGCAGGCAACUUUGGGGACCUCCACACAGGCUGCCACGAACAGUGACAUUGGCGUAAACAACAAUGUCGUCUAUGUAGUUUCAAAAACAGAGGAUAGGCACAACAUGCAGAGCGUGAUCAGAAGUAACUCUCGAUCCGAGGAUCAGAUGGUAGGCAUCACACAAAUGACGCAAAUGUCGCAAGUGUCUCAAAUGUCGUCCAGUAAAGACGAGAGAUUGAGCGCUUCUGGAGGACAUGCCCAGUUGGUGGGAAGUAGUGCCUAUACUCAUAUCACCUCUGUCCCGAAAAGUAGCGCCGCAUUAAUGCAGUCCUCCCACGUGGCCUUGAGUACAGACCAGCUGAAGCAACACACUCUACUUCUCAAAGCUCCCACCGUUCAGCAGGAGAACCAUCAGACCCAGAGCAACCAAAUCCAACCACCAGAUCACAGAACAGUAUCCCAAGACCAGACCCAGUUUGUUCGGAUUCCUAGUGCUCAAGUCUUGCUGGAGCCUACGCAAAUGAUCCUGCUCCAGCAGCCGCUACUCCACACGGCACACGGUCAGUCCAAGCAGAUGCAAGUGCAGAUGCCUGUACAGUAUCUGCAGAUGAAUAGCGAACUCGUGAAUUGUUCAAACAGUGGCACGGCACGCGGUAAUCAGCAGCAGAACCACCAAACGAAAUCUGCGGAGUCCGAGUCUGUGGAGUCGGUCAAGCAGCAUCUGGUUCCUAAAGACAAUUUCAGCGGCUCGUCAAAUCCGCAUGAUGUCAAACAGCACUUUACCUUAAACUCCAUCUGCUUUCCUGAAUCGAUGCUAAUGGCAGAUGAGAGGAACAUUCUGUCCAAUGUGGACGAUAUCCUGGCGGCCACAGCUGCUGCAUGUGGCGUCACACCACAGGACUUCAAGUCCACAGCUUCAGAAGGCGACUUACAAAGCAUAUCAAAUCCUGCAGACUCUAAGUGCCAUUUUCAGUUGCCUGAUAACAGACAUGGCGCUAACAAUUUCUUACCGCAGAAUAUGAUCAUCGCCAGUGCUCCGACUAUGACCGUUACCCUAAAUGGUGCUCAACUAGCACCAAACCUUCACAAAACCGUUGACGGACACCAAGCGUUUGCUCUGGCAAACGCCCACCUUCAUCAAGACAGCUCUAAGCAUGAGAUAUCCGAGAAGGUCUCGAACUGUCAAGAGAAUAAUGAGGAUUCUUCCCUGAGUUCCAGUGCAGAGAGUGCCAACACAACCUCCCACAACCACUCUGAUUUCCACCUGGCUGGCCAGGAGUACAACCCGUCUGGACUUUUGAAAACGGACAAUCUGUCAGAAAAGCAAAAUCAACUCAAGGAAUUAAAGACCAUCAAAAUGGAGGACGGUCUAAUGGAGUGCUCUUCUGAUGGUCUUCCUAAGAAGAAGGUCAAAUCCAAGGGUUCUUCUAAGCAAACCGUUGAAGACGAAAUAGGUCAGCCAAAAGCUCAGAAAAGAACCAAUCAAGCAAAGCGACAGAACUCUCGAGGAAGUGAGACGGGCUCUUCCUCCACGUCCGAGGGAUACGACAGCUACCAGCAGCAGGAAAGAAUGCGUCAGAAAAUACGAGAAGUAGAAGAAAAGCAGCCAGAAGUCAAAACUGGGUUCAUUGGGUCAUUUUUGGACUUUCUCAAAUCCGGACCCAAGCAGCACUUCUCCUCUCCACCCAUUCGAUCACCGAAUCGCAUCAGAAAGCCUUCGGUCUCCAAGAGACUCUCUAAUAAUCCGUUGUGUGUGCCCCCUAAACUCCUGCCCCAGCCCACACAGUUGGUAUCACCGGACAUUCACACGGGAAGUUCUACUAAAAGACUGGAGGAGGACCUUCAGAAGAAUCUGGAAACGCUGCCUUCUUUCUCCUCAGAUGAAGACGAAUCGGUUGGUAAAAACCAAGACCUUCAGAAGAGCAUCAGCUCUGCUCUGUCCUCGUUAGAUGAAAUCUCAGACAAAAAACAGAAGACAGACAACACAAGUUCAGGAGCUGAAGCUACAAAGCAGGAGCAGCCGUUAAACUCACAGCCUACGGAUUUAAAACCAGAAGAUCAGCAGAAGCCGGUUCUGAAGGAAGUGUCCGCUGAGGAACUGGUGAAGAACGUGCCUCCAGAUAAACUGGCUGUACUGCUGAGCUCUGUAGCUAUAGAAGGCCUGACGGAUGAUGAGCUGUCCGACAGUGAAGGAGAGGGAAUGUAUCGAGAACGGGACGAGUUCGUGGUGAAAAAUGAGGAAAUAGAAAGCCUCAAGAUCACACUGAAAGCAGGAGUCGAGCCACCAGCCAUCUGGAAGGUGCAAAAGGCCCUGCUGCAGAAAUUCAUACCGGAGCUGAGGGAUGGAAAACGAGUGUUUUCAGCCACCAACAGUUAUCUGGGUUAUUUUGGAGAUGCGAAGGCCAUGUACCGGAGAGUAUACGUGAAGUUUCUCGACACUGUGAACAAGCGGGAGUAUGUGCGGGUCUGCAGCAGGAAACCCAGGUGCAAGCCCAUGCAUUCCAUGAGAGGAUGUCAGAUGAAGGCUCUGCUGGCCCACAGCGCCGCCGCUGCCCCGGCCGUGUCCGACUCCUCCACACCCAAACCCGGCACAAAGCAGAGCCUGUCCAAACCCAGACCCAAACAGCCCAAACCUAAAGCUGAACCUCCACCCAAGAAGAGGAAGAAGUGGAAGGAGGAGUUCAGCGCCCCCCUGCCGGCCUGCUCUCCGGGGGCUGGGAGUGAGGAUGAUGAAUUCACGCCUCCUGUCCCGUUUGCUUCGCGCUUUCUGAACACCAGGACGAUGAAGGAGACGUUCAGGAGUUUUGUGGAGCUGCUGAUCAGUGUAGCUCUGGACGCAGACGUCAUGAUCGCACUGGAGAAGGAGAACGAUGAACUUCUCCUGCCACACAUGAAGAGAGUGGAUGGGAUGAUCACAGAUAACCGGAGAAGACUGCUUCCCAAACUUCACAUGGGUCAGGGUUUUAAAAACGCAUUAGACAUCUUUCCCGAGCUGUCUGUAGUCACUGAACUGAAGACAGAUGGAGAGACGCCCACUUUUAAAGUGCGACUGAGUGGGAAAGCCUACAAUAAGAAGACAAUGAAGCCUUCUAAAUCCCCCAUUAAACUACCGCUGGAGUACACAGUGGAGCAGCAGAAGACUCAGUGGUUCUCUCUCUAUCACUCACUGCAGCACUACAAGUACCAUACAUAUCUCAUGUGUAUGGAGGAGAUUGCGCUGUUGCGCUCGCGAGGUGUGGACCUGGGUCAGGAGGAGACGGUGCAGAAGUGCAUGGGGAACCGGGCGUGGCUGGAGGGGCUGUUCGACCGCUUUGGGGAGCUUCUAACACAGGUACAGCAGGCCUGCCUGUAACCCUGCCAGUGGACCAUCGUCUGCAGACGGACUGAUGGAUGGAGGACUGGAUUCUGGGUUCUGAAUGGGUUCUGGAAACUGGGUUCUGGGUUGUGGAGCUGAUCAUGCUGGACGUCCCCCCCCCCCUCCCCCCUUCUCACCCGGCGGUGCUGUGAGAAAAAGCUGCGUAAAGUGGGAACGUGGCGUCGUAGCGUAUAUAUAUAUAUAUAUAUAUAUAUAUAUAUAUAUAUAUAUCUAACAUUAUAUCUGCUCUCAGAACCACAGAGACGAUGGAUUGUAACCAUGGUCUUUUUUUACAGAUCAUGCUUUUGAAGUUCUUCUUUUAUAUAAAUAAAUACAGUAUAAAUAUAUAUAACCGUAGUUGGCCAAGAUGGUAUAGAGAUGAUGCUUAUAGAGGCAUAGAGAUGAGCUUUCUCUAAACCUGUACGACCUUCAGUCGACCUUCUACAGACGUUAAGAUGGACCAGGGGGUGGUUCACGUGGUACAGAGUCUCUCGCCUUGCCUUGGGUUUUAAAACACUAUUAAUAUUAUUGUUAUUAUUAGUUUAAUUUUUUAAGAGAACGAUGCGAAUGUAGGCGUGUUAAGAAAUAAAAAAGAGAGAGAGAGAGAGAGGUGGUGAUUAUUGUAUAAAUAUAUAUAUUUAUAUAUAUAUAUAUAAAUAUAUGUAUAACAUCCAUUUUUUUUUACAAUGGAACGUAUAUAUACAUAUAUAUAAAAUACUGUACAUUUUUGUAAAGAGAGCUCAUCGGUCAAGUAAAUCACACCGGGAUGAAUUUGACGUAAUACAGGAUACUUAACUAUUGUGCUUUUAAAACUCCUUUUGUCACGACAAAACGUCGAGUUACACGGAUGGAGUUGGUGCCAUUCUAAUACUGCUUUUGUGAUCAUUUGUUGUAAUAAUAAAAAAAAAAAAAAAUCAGAAAGCAUUUACUGUAACUAUUUUUUUUCUGAGGAAAAAAAUACUGUUUUUAUACCGUUUUUCCCUCAAAGCGUACACUAUAUCGCAAUAGCUGUAUUUUUCACAGAAGGAAAUAUCAUGGUUGUUAAUAAUAAUAAUAAUAAUAAAAACGUUUCAUGCUGUUUUUCGAUGAAAAAAAAGAGAAAAAGAAAAGAAGAGAAGCCCUAUAAAUUUAUACGAGAAAUGCACAUUAUAUAAUACUUUACGGUGUAUCAUUUCUUACGAUUCUUACAUUUCUGUACCGUAGAAGAUAAUUCAGACAAAUCUGAACGUUUUACACACAUUACUACUCUGACUCAGAUACGCAUCAGAUUAAGGUUUCUUUAUUUUUAUUUUUUUGGCUUUUCAACUGUAGCUGUGUUACAAACUGCAACUAUUUUCUGAUAUGUGAAAAUAAAUUUCCUACUAAAUGAAA